AUGCGGGCAGUAGAUGCGGAACAGGGCACGUGCGCACUGGCAGUGCGUGUAGGUAGGGCAGGCGCCCGAGGCAGGGGCACGGCAGGGGCGCGCGGGCGCUGGGCAGUGGGGCGCGCGCGGGCAAGGGGCAGCGGGGGAUACGCGGGCGCUGGGCAGCGGGGCGCGCUAGCGCGCUGGGAAGAAGGGCGCACUGGCGCGCUGAGCAGCGGGGCGCGCUGGCGCGCUGGGCAGCGGGGCGCGCUGGCGCGCUGGGCAGAGGGGCGUGCUGCGCGCUGGGCGGGGCGCGCUGGCGCGCUGGGCGGGGCGCGCUGGCGCGCUGGGCAGCGGGCUUCGCUGGCGCGCUAG